UAUCAAUAAGUAAAAUGAGGUCCAGAACUUUCUUCAUCUUAGGUUCUCUCUUGGCUGCUCUGCUUGUCAUAUCUUCAGCGUUAGAGAUACACGAGGAUGGAAACAAAGUGGACACGAAUCAAGGCGACGGGAAUCAUGAAACUAAAGCAUAUUGCAAAAAGAAAUGUUGUCGAUAUGGUCGGUGCUGGUCGUGUUGCGCUGGAUCUGAAGCCAUCCCAUUAGCUGAGAGUGAAGCAACGGAAACUACAAAGGGUGAUGCCAACACGCAAGACUCCAAUCACCAUGGAGGAGGAAAAGGCGGCGGAGGCGGUGGUCAUGGUGGCCACGGGGGAGGAUCAGGCAAAGGAGGUGGUGGGCACGGCGGCGGCGGUGGUGGUGGAGGAUAUGAUGCUAGUGGAUCCGGUGAUGGGAGCCAAGGAGGUGGCGGGGUUGGAAAAGGAGGCGGUGGCCGUUCUGGCGGUGGCCACGGAGGAGGAAAAGGAGGUGGUGGCGGUUCUGGCAGUGAUGGCCAAGGAGGAAAAGGAGGCGGCGGAGGUGGUUCUGGUGGCGGUGGACAUGGUGGUAGCCAAGGUGGAGGAAAAGGAGGUGGGGGUGGGGGUGGAUCUGGAGGAGGUAAAGGAGGCGGGGGCAGUGGUCACGGUGGAGGAAAAGGUGGUGGUGGUUCUGCUGGAGGAGGUAAAGGGGGUGGGGGCAGUGGUCAUGGAGGAGGAAAAGGUGGUGGUGGUGGUUCUGGUGGAGGAGGUAAAGGAGGCGGGGGCAGUGGUCAUGGUGGAGGAAAAGGUGGUGGUGGUUCUGGUGGAGGAGGUAAAGGAGGCGGGGGCAGUGGUCAUGGAGGAGGAAAAGGAGGUGGUGGCGGUGGCGGCGGAGGUGGUGGCAAUUAG